AUGAAGUCCGCCCUCGCCCUCGCAGCAUUUGCUCCUCUCGUCGUCCUGGCUGUACCUCCAGCCUGUCUCCUGGCUUCUCUUGAACAACAAGGCGUCCCCAGCGGAGUAGAAUACAUCUGCGAGGUUAAGCAAAAAGACAUGCUGGGUAACCUGACGGUCACUUGCAAUGCCGAAGAUCUCAAACCUGCCUACGAGAGCUUCGCCUCUACCUGUGCGCUGGUUGGCAUCGAUGUGGCCGGACUGCCUGCGCCAUCUUCAUCCUCUUCGCCCUCACCUACUCCGUCUGCCACCAACUCUGAUGCUUCCAGCGUUCCUCAAGCCACGGGGGCACCGUCCACAACCAUCUCAACACCGACUGCUAGCACUUCGAAACCUGCUAGUGCUGCCGCUGCCAUUGCACCUCACGCAGUCCUCUUUACAAUCUUUGGUCUGUCGACUACGGGUCUCUUCAGCAUUGUCUUCCUGUGA